AUGACUGCAAUUUCUCCAGUAUUCUUGUUGUGUGUAGUUUUAUCACUAAGCUCCACCGUCGAUUCCGACGGCGAUUCCGAUUGCUACACGAGUCAAUACUUAAGACAAGGUGAUCGGGAAUUCGAGCAGAAGAACAAAAAAUUCUUUGAGUUCAAUGAACAAUCCAACACUUGGGUUGAGGUGGAGCUGCCUUACGACCUGUUUUCCUGCAUCAAUGGUGCCUGCAAAGUGGCGUAUUCGAUUCAAGAAUCGAUAACGAAAACCCGAGAAGGAGGAGAAGGAGUUGGUGUUUCUGUUAAAAAGGACACCCCGGGAAAGAAGGAAAGUUCUUCUUAUGGAUUCUUGCCUGUAAGAAGGAGAAUUUCAUUGAGAAAGAUGUCUGAAGUAUCCGUUUGGGUAACCGGAGAAAGCGGCUCGAUAUACGAGAGGUUUUGGAAUGGAUUGCGGUGGGUGAUUGCUCCGCAUGAGUUGCCACUAAUUGCAGGAUAUGCAGUUUCUGUUUUUAUGAUCAAUCAAACAAUUCUUGCUUUAUCCGAGGCAGGGCAAUUGUAUCAGAUGCAGUUGACUGAAGAUUCGCAGCCGAUAUGGGCCGAAUUCGUGCCGGAAUUCGAUAGGGCGACAAGUCGAGAAACGGUUCAACUCGCUUCUGGAGUUAUCUCAAAUGACAGGGAGAGGAUGUAUUUCUGCACAAAGAAUGGGCAACUGUUGGAGCUUCUUGGGGAUGACCAUCCAAGGUAA